UAGUACUCCCGAGCUACCCGCGGAGCUGCCGAGAGAGCGCAAGGAAGAGGGCGAGCGAGCGAGCGGGCGAGCGGGCGGAGCGCGCGCCCAGGAACCCAGGAACGUCCUAGAACUGGAUCCUUCCUCAGGCUCACCCUUCCCAGCCCCCAGCCUCCUGCCCAGGAGCUGACGCUCUCCUACCUGUAGCUCACCAGCUACUGUUUUUGGGUCAUUGGGUCCAAUCAUGGCAGUCUAUCGCCUGUGUGUGACCACUGGUUCCUACCUGAAGGCUGGCACAUUGGAUAACAUCUAUGCUACACUGGUAGGCACCUGUGGUGAGAGCCCUAAACAGAAGUUGGAUCGUAUAGGCAGGGACUUCGCCUCUGGAUCGGUUCAGAAGUACAAGGUGCGCUGUGCAGCAGAGCUGGGUGAGAUCUUGCUGUUGCGCUUACACAAGGAGCGCUUUGCUUUCUUCUGCAAGGACCCUUGGUACUGCAGUCGCAUCUGUGUCACUGCCCCAGAUGGCUCUGUGGUUCACUUUCCCUGCUAUCAAUGGAUUGAUGGUUACUGUACUGUGGAGCUGCGGCCAGGAACAGCAAGAACCAUCUGUCAGGAUUCUCUUCCCCUCCUUCUGGAUCACAGGAAACGGGAACUCCGAGCCCGCCAAGAAUGCUAUCGCUGGAAGAUCUAUGCCCCUGGCUUCCCUCGAAUGGUGGAUGUCAGCAGCUUUGAGGAGAUGGAGUCAGAUGAGAAAUUUGCCUUGACCAAGACAGUACCUUGUGCAGAUCAGGAUGAUAACUCUGGGAACCGGUACCUGCCUGGCUUUCCUAUGAAGAUUGACAUCCCGUCCCUGCUGCACAUGGAGCCUAAUAUCCGCUACUCGGCCACCAAGACGGCCUCACUGAUCUUCAACGCCAUCCCCGCAUCCUUGGGCAUGAAGAUUCGAGGUCUGCUAGACCGCCAGGGCUCCUGGAAGAGGCUGGAUGACAUGCGGAACAUCUUCUGGUGCCAUAAGACCUUCACUUCAGAGUAUGUCACCGAGCACUGGUGUGAGGACAGUUUCUUUGGGUACCAGUACCUGAAUGGUGUCAACCCCGUCAUGCUCCACUGCCUCUCCAGCUUACCCAGCAAACUGCCUGUCACCAGUGACAUGGUGGCACCUUUGCUGGGACCAAACACCUGCCUACAAACAGAGCUAGAGAGGGGCCACAUCUUCCUAGCGGACUACUGGAUCCUGGCGGAGGCUCCUGUCCAUUGCCUAAACGGUCGCCAACAGUACGUAACAGCUCCUCUCUGCCUCUUGUGGCUUAACCCGCAGGGGGUGCUGCUGCCGUUGGCAAUCCAGCUCAGCCAGACACCAGGGCCUGAGAGCCCCAUCUUUCUGCCCACUGACUGCGAGUUGGACUGGCUGCUGGCCAAGACGUGGGUGCGCAACUCUGAGUUUUUGGUGCAUGAGAACAACACGCAUUUUCUGUGCACGCAUUUGCUAUGCGAGGCCUUCUCCAUGGCUACACUGCGUCAGCUGCCGCUCUGUCAUCCAGUCUACAAGCUCCUGCUUCCUCAUACUCGCUACACGCUGCAAGUGAACACCAUCGCAAGGGCCACGCUGCUCAACCCAGAAGGCCUCGUGGACAAGGUCACGUCCAUCGGUAGGCGCGGCCUCAUCUACCUCAUGAGCACAGGGCUGGCCCACUUCACCUACACGGAUUUCUGUCUUCCGGAUAGCCUGCGGGCUCGUGGCGUCCUGACCAUUCCCAACUACCACUACCGAGACGAUGGCUUGAAGAUCUGGGCGGCUAUUGAGAGGUUUGUCUCAGAGAUCGUGAGUUACUAUUAUCCCAGUGAUGCAUCUGUACAGCAGGACUCUGAACUGCAGGCCUGGGUGGGUGAGAUUUUUGCUCAGGCGUUCCUCGGUCGGGAGAAUUCAGGCUUCCCAAGCCGGCUGUGCACCCCAGGAGAGCUCGUGAAGUAUCUCACUGCAAUCAUCUUUAACUGCUCCGCCCAGCACGCUGCAGUCAAUAGUGGGCAGCAUGACUUUGGGGCCUGGAUGCCCAAUGCCCCGUCGUCCAUGAGACAGCCUCCGCCUCAGACCAAGGGCAACACGACCAUGAAGAGUUACCUAGACACACUCCCAGAGGUGAACACCACCUGUAGAAACCUUCUCCUCUUCUGGCUGGUCAGCCAAGAGCCAAAGGACCAGAGGCCUCUGGGCACCUACCCAGAUGAACACUUCACAGAGGAGGCCCCACGGCAAAGCAUCGCAGCUUUCCAGAACUGCCUGGCACAGAUCUCAAAGGACAUCAGGGAGCGCAACCAGAGCCUGGCACUGCCCUAUGAGUACUUGGAUCCCCCACUCAUUGAGAACAGUGUCUCCAUCUAAGCCCACUCUGAACCAUGCCAGAGGAAAGGGAGUUCCAACUAAGGGGAAGGCUUACUCCCUAGGGCCUCCCAGGCCUCUUUAAUCUCAGUUUGGACCUUCUCCUCAGCCUGUGGGACCAUGGUGGCCUUGACAUUAUAUAAAUGGGCCCUGAGCUGUGAGAGACGAGUACAGCAGUGUUUAGGCUGAAAGCCGCUAACUAAAGUCAAAUGCACAAUAGAGCCCUUGCCCUUCUUAUGUGGAACUCUUCUCCUACAUCAGGAUGCCCAGCUUGAGUUUCCAAGCUCUCUUUCCACAUCCUGCUUAAACCCACUCCCAUCUGAUUGUUUGUCUUUAAGCCCAGUGACCUCAAUAAAAGCUAACAUAUUUGGUUCCCA